AUGGAGAAUUUCCAAACCACCUUUAACUCAAAUACCACGGCGGCCAAUGAAUCUCUAAAAAGUAUGGGUUCUCUCUUUAAAUCUGAGAAGGCUAAAUUACAAGAAAUUCAUACUGGUCUGAAAACUGACCAUGAAGCAUUCCAAACCUCCAUCUCCUCUCAAAUUACCAAGCUUCAAGACGAACUGGCAAUGGCGAGUAAAACCAAGGACUCUCUUGCCCUCAAGACGGAAGAAGUAACGGUGUUAAGUGCUAAACUGGAAGCUUCAAAGAAACCGGUUAACGAUUUGCUAUCUGAGAAAGCUUUCAUGCGAAGCUGA